AUGCAUUUGGAUUUAGCUAGUAAUGGUCACUUCAUGGGAAAGGAUGUCGAUGAAGGUCUCAUCCUCGGUGGAGAAGUUGCGCUUAGUGAUGGGAAAUAUCCUGAGGAGUAUGACCGAAGUGACAGAGGAAGCUCAGUCAAGAUGAAGCACAAGAAAGAGCUCAAGACCCUGAAUGACAAGCUUGACAAGAUCUUGACUGGACAGCAAAAGCAAGUUCACUUUGUUUGUGAAGAUGAUGUGAACCAAGAGGAGGAGGAUCCACAAACAGAGGAAGUGUGCUACAUGAGCAACCAGGGAGGCUACAACAAGGGUUAUCAACACAAACAACAACACGAACCUCUCCUAUCGCAGCACCAAGUUGAGAAUCCUCAAGAUCAAGUGUAUCCACCUCAACAAAACCAAAACCAAGGAGGACAACAAACCGUGUACUUCAAGCGAGCAACUUAUCAAAGGACAAGCAGUGGAGCUACCGAGCUCAACACCAAGCUAGCCGAGAUCAACAACAAAGUAGACUGCUCUUACAAUGAUCUCAACAAGAAGUUGGAAUCAUUGAACUCGAAAGUUCAACACUUGGAAGCUAAGAGCCACAACAUUCCAUCUUCUUCAAAGGUUCUUCCUGAGAGAGUUGGACCGACAAGAAGCAAUGAGGACAUUGCGAUUCAAGAGGAGGAGGAGUCAGUCGACAUUGAAGCUGAAGAUAGUGUUGAGAAAGAAUCAGUGGAACCAGAGCCUGUGAAGCAGAGAGGAGCGCAGCAGAGCCAUCAAAAACAACAAGAAGAGGAAGGGAAACUCUUUUUGUUCCUCCACCUUUCAAACCAAUUUGCCUUUUCCAACAAGGUUCAAGAAGCAAAUGGCAGAAAAAUGCAGGAAAGUCUUUGA